GCUUUGAUAUAAAACCCAUAUAUCAACAAGACCUAGGGCUUUGAUCGAGCACAAAUAACAUCAAAUCAAUUUUUUAUUUAGUUUAAUCUCUCGUUUAUGGCGCUCUCUGAUAUCUGCAGCGAUCGAUUCGGCUUCUUGUUGUUGUGAGCAUCGAUUAAGCUUUCAACAUGUUCGAAGCACACGUUUUGCACUUGCUUCGAAGGUAUUUGGGCGAGUAUGUUGAAGGUCUUUCAGCAGAGGCUUUGAAGAUCAGUGUAUGGAAAGGUGAUGUGCUCCUCAAAGACUUGAAAUUAAAAGCAGAAGCACUUAAUUCACUACAACUACCUGUCACAGUCAAAGCUGGACUCAUUGGUACAAUAACACUGAAGGUCCCUUGGAAAAGUCUUGGUAAGGAGCCUGUAAUUGUGCUCAUUGAUCGAGUGUUUGUUCUUGCUUGUCCUGCACCUGAUGAAAGGUCUCAUACGGAGGAGGAUCGAGAAAAACUUUUCAAAGCGAAGCUUCAACAGAUUGAGGAAGCUGAAUCAGCUACACUUGAAGCAGUAUCAAAAUCAAAGCUUGGAAGUGCACCUUCAGGAAAUUCGUGGCUGGGUUCUUUGAUAUCUACAAUUAUCGGGAACCUGAAGAUAACCAUUAGCAAUGUGCAUGUCAGAUAUGAGGAUUCUACAAGUAAUCCAGGAAAUUCAUUUGCUUGUGGUGUCACUUUGGCGAAGCUUGCUGCUGUUACAAUGGAUGAGCAGGGGAAUGAAACUUUUGAUACAAGUGGUGCUUUAGAUAAAUUGCGAAAGUCUGUGCAACUUGAAAGGCUUGCCAUGUACCAUGAUUCCAACCACCUUCCCUGGAGCCUAAAUAAGAAAUGGAAAGAUCUAACUCCUACGGAAUGGAUUGAGAUUUUUGAAGAUGGUAUCAGUAAAACUGAUAAAGGUGGUGGAGCGGUGUCUAAAUGGGCUUGGGAUCGCAACUACUUGGUUUUACCUAUUAAUGGAGACCUCAAGUAUCAUCGAUUGGGCAGUCAAGAGAAAAGUAAUACUGACGAGCCAUCGGAGAAGGUUUCUCUGGUCCUUAGUGAUGUGUCCAUAACAGUCACCGAGGCUCAGUAUCAUGACUGGAUUAGGCUCUUCGAGGUUUUGUCAAGAUAUAAGACAUAUGUUGAGUUUUCUCAUAUUAGACCGGUGGUUCCAGUUUCAGAAAACCCCUAUAUGUGGUGGCGUUAUGCUGCUCAAGCCAGUUUGCAGCAGAAGAGAAUGUGCUACAGAUUCUCCUGGGAGCAAGUUAAGUUUCUGUGUCAUAGGCGUCGAAGAUACAUUCAGUUGUAUGCUAGUUCUCUGCAGAAGAUGUCAAACGUCAAUACCAUAGAAAUGAGAGAUAUUGAGAAAGAUCUCGAUGCUAAAGUGAUUCUUUUGUGGAGGUUCCUCGCACAUGCCAAAAUUGAAUCUGUAAGAUCCAAAGAAGAAGCUGAUCAGAGGAUGAUAAAAAAGAAAGGCUGGUUUUCAUAUACUUGGCGCACUCCUGACGAUGCCUUGGAGGAGACAGAUGCACAAACUGAAGAGGAAAGAUUAACUAAAGAAGAAUGGAAGGCAAUCAAUAAUCUACUAAGCUACCAGCCAGAUGACGAUUUGACAAUUAAUUCAGGGAAGGAUAUGCAAAGUAGGACACAUUAUUUAAUUAAUGUGUUAGUUGGUUGUGCUGCUGCGAAAAUUGUUGAUAUUAGUCAGACAGAGAUCAUUUGUGGUAGAUUUGAGCAACUCCAUGUGUCCACGAAAUUAAAACAGCAAAGCGUUCACUGUGAUUUGACACUGAAAUACUAUGGCGUCUCUGCACCCGAAGGUUCACUUGCCCAGAGUGGCUGUGAUGAGCAGAAAGUGAAUGCCUUGGCUGGUACUUUUGUAUACUUACCAAUUGGGGAAAAUGUUGAUUGGCGGCUUUUAGCAACAAUCUCUCCUUGCCAUGCGACAGUUUUCAUGGAAAGUUAUAAUCGUCUUUUUGGGUUUUUGAAGAGAAGUAAAGCAGUUAGUCCUGCUGUUGCAUUGGAAACUGCAACUGCUCUGCAGAAUAAGAUCGAGAAGGUGACUCGGAGGGCUCAGGAGCAGUUUCAAAUGGUGUUAGAGGAGCAGAGCAGGUUUACCCUUGACAUUGAUCUUGAUGCUCCAAAAGUUAGGAUUCCUAUCAGAACCAGUGACUCGUCCACUUAUGAUAGCCAGUUUCUUCUGGAUUUUGGUCAUUUUACAUUACACACUAAGGAGUCCGACCCUGUUGAUCAGGGAAAGAGUCUGUUUUCUCGUUUUUACAUAGCCGGAAGGGAUAUAGCUGCCUUUUUUACGGAUUGCGGCCCUGACAGUAAGAGCAGUAUUUUGGCAUAUUCAAAUUUUAAAAGCCAACUCUCUAUGUCUCCAGAUGCUGAGGACUUCUAUUCUAUAAUUGAUAGAUGUGGAAUGGAUGUCAUUGUUGAUCAGAUUAAAGUUCCUCACCCAAGGCACCCAUCAACUCGUAUUUCUGUACAAAUGCCUACCCUUGGUUUUCACUUUUCGCCAGUCAGAUAUUCUCGACUUAUGAAACUGUUGGACGUAAUGUAUGGAACAACUCAAAAUAGCACUCUGUCUGGUGGUGAAAAAUUCCAAGAUGAACUUGCUCCAUGGAAUCCCCCAGAUCUUGCAGCUGAUGCCCAAAUUCUUGUUUGGAAGGGAAUUGGCUAUUCUGUUGCUACCUGGAAGCCCUGUUUUAUAGUGCUAUCUGGAUUUUAUCUUUAUGUACUGGAGUCUGAAACGUCGAACAGUUAUCAUAAGUGCUCAAGCAUGGCUGGAAAACAUAUAUUUGAAGUUCCUCCACCCAACGUUGGUGGUUCACCCUCUUGUAUUGGUGUUAGUGUGAGAGGCGUCGAUAGCCAGAAGGCUCUGGAAUCUUUCAGUACGCUAAUAAUAAAAUUUCUAGAUGAGGAGCAGAAGGCUUCAUGGUUAAGGGGACUUACACAUGCAACAUAUCAAGCUUCUGACCAUCCUUCUGUUGAGAUACUUGGACUACAUGAUGACGAUGAAGUGUUUCCUGAAACUAGGCUGACGAACCAAAAAACAGCUGACCUUGUUGUCAAUGGAAUUUUGAUAGAAACAAAGCUCUCUAUAUAUGGAAUGAUUGGAGAUGAGGUCAGUAAGAAGCUUAAAGAGACAUUAAUUGUGGAGGUUCUUGCUGGUGGAGGAAAGGUGCAUGUUGUUCGUUGUGAAGAUGACCUAACUGUAAAGCUGAAGCUGCAUUCUUUGAAAAUAAAAGAUGAACUGCAAGCUUCUCUAAAUUCAUCUCCACAAUAUUUAGCUUGCUCUGUCGAAAAGGAUGACAAUUCAUUUGCUUUGCUUAGUAGCGUAGAGACUCAAAAGAAUGAGCCAGUGCCAACAGAGGAUUAUGACAUUUUUAAGGAUGCUUCAUCUGAUUUUACAUCUUCUACAGAAUCUGCCGAGGCUGGAAACAUUAAUAAGGAUCUUGUAAAAGAAAUAACUGAUUCUACUGAUGUUUAUUACGAGGCUGAAGAUGAAGAUUCUCAGUUUGUUUCAGUUACAUUCUUGACCAGGACGUCUAACUCACCUGAUUAUGACGGUGUUGAUUCACAGAUGACAGUUUGUAUGUCAAAACUGGAGAUGUUUUUCAACAGACCCACGCUUGUUGCUUUGAUUGGUUUUGGCCUUGAUCUGAGCGCUGCAAAUGGUGGUUUAAGUGUGCCAGAUGAAGAGAAAACUCCGAAUGAAGAAUUGUCAGACAAAAAAAUGCAGAUCGAAGACUCUGGCGAGACAUUCGUUAAAGGACUACUAGGUUAUGGGAAAGGCCGUGCUUUAUUCUGCUUGAAUGUGAACGUUAACAGUGUUGUUGUUUGCCUUAAUAAGGAGGAUGGUUCCCAGCUGGCUAUGUUUGUGCAAGAAAGUUUUGUCUUGGACCUCAAGGUUCAUCCUAGUUCCUUAUCCCUUGAAGGCAAACUAGGAAACUUCAGGUUGUGUGAUCUUUCUUUGGGUAGUGAAAGCUAUUGGUCUUGGCUUUGUGAUAUCCGCAAUCAAGGGGAUGAAUCCCUCGUCCAGUUUAUAUUCAAUUCUUAUGCUGCUGAGGAUGAUGAUUAUGAAGGAUAUGAUUAUAGUUUGCAAUGCCGUCUUUCUGCAGUUCGAAUUGUUUUCCUCUAUAGGUUUGUCCAAGAGGUCACUGCCUACUUUAUGGAACUUGCAGCUCCACAUACAGAAGAAGUAGUUGAAUAUGUGGAUAAGGUUGGUGGUUUUGAGUGGUUGAUUGAUAAGAAUGAGAUUGAUGGAGCCUCAGCUUUGAAGCUGGACCUUUCACUGGACGCCCCUAUUAUUAUUCUACCAAGGGAUUCUAUGAGCAAAGAUUUCAUUCAACUUGAUCUGGGCCACCUGAGGGUGGGAAAUGAAUUUAGCUGGCAUGGAUACCCUGAUAAGGACCCUUCAGCUGUCCAUCUUGACAUCCUCGAUGUAGAGAUAUUAGGAAUCAAUAUGGCUGUUGGAAUCGAUGGUUGCCUAGGUAAAUCCUUGAUACGAGAAGCUCAGGGUAUUCAUAUUUGUGUGAGGCGUAGUUUAAGAGAUAUUCUUCGGAAGGUUCCAACUCUCUCUUUGGAAAUAAAGGUCGGUUUGUUGCAUUGCGUAAUGUCUGACAAAGAAUACACCAUCAUUCUUGACUGUAUCUCGGAGAACUUGAAGGAGUCACCAAAUCUACCUCCUAGUUUUCGUGGAAGCAAGACUGAAUCGAAAGGGAAAAUACCAUCAGUGGCUGAUAAGGUCAACUUGUAUAGUCAAAGUAUUCUGUCACGUACAGUUACCAUAAUGGCUGUUGAAAUAGAUUAUGCAUUGCUUGAAUUAUGCGUCGGCAUCCAUGAGGAGUCGCCUUUGGCUCAUAUUGUUUUGGAAAGGCUUUGGGUAUUAUACCGGAUGACCUCAUUGUCUGAGAUAGAUGUUUAUGUGACUAUUCCGAGAUUCUCUGUUCUGGAUACACGUCCGGAUACAAAACCUGAGAUGCGUUUAAUGCUUGGAUCAUGUACAGAUGUUUCAAAACAGACUUCCACCCGAAGUUCGUCGUUCUUAAUCAAUGAAGGCGGCUUCAGAAGAUCAGACUCCAAAACAUCAGACAACAUGAUACUACCCAAUUCAACCAUGUUUGUAAUGGAUUAUCGAUGGCGAAUAUCAUCCCAAUUGUUUGUGAUACGUGUUCAGCAGCCCCAGGUCCUUGUUGUUCCAGAUUUUCUUAUUGCUGUUGGCGAGUUUGUAGUACCUGGCCUUGGUGCUAUUACAGGGAAGGAGGAAUUGAUGGAUCCCAAGAAUGACCCAAUUGGUAAAGAAAAUGGAAUUGUAUUGUUGGAUCCCCUUCACAAACAGAGAGAGGAUGUCGUACACCUUUCCGUAAACUCUCGGCUUAUUGCUGAUGCACCAUCAGUUGAUAAAUAUACAUAUGACGGCUGUGGGAAAACUAUCCGUUUAAUUGAAGAAAAGGAAACCAAGGAAAUCCACUCUCCAGGUUUUAGACCUAUUAUUAUUAUCGGACGCGGCAAGAGUUUACGAUUUGUAAAUGUGAAAAUUGAGAAUGGUUUCCUCUUGAGGAAGUAUACAUAUUUGAGUAACGAUAGCAGCUACACAGUCCUUACUGAAGAUGGUGUUGAGAUUUCAUCCUUGGAAUUCUCCGAUGAUAAUCAAAGGGACACAGAAAUCAUGGAAGAACCAUUGUAUAUCACUGGUGCUUCUAAAAAUGUUGAAAAUGACUCGAGCAAGAUGCAAAGUUUCAGUUUUGAGGCCCAGGUGGUUUCUCCGGAGUUUACAUUCUUUGACAGCAGUAAGUCUUCUUUGGAUGAUUCUAUAUAUGGUGAAAAGCUUUUGCGUGCAAAACUUGACUUCAGCUUCAUGUAUGCAUCAAAGGAAAAUGAUAUAUGGAUUAGAGCCCUUUUUAAAGAUCUAACUAUGGAGGCCGGUUCUGGUCUUAUUAUUUUGGACCCAGUGGACAUCUCUGGAGGAUAUACUUCUGUAAAGGACAAAACAAAUAUAUCUGUGAUAUCCACUGACAUAUAUGUCCAUCUUUCUUUAAGUGUUAUAUCCCUUAUUCUUAACCUUCAAAAUCAAGCAGCUGCAGCAUUACAAUAUGGAGAUGCUGAUCUUCUGUCACCUUGUACUCGCUUUGAUCGAAUAUGGGUGUUUCCGAAAGGUGCAGGUAAUGGAGAUAUAAAUACUCAUACGUUUUGGAGACCUCGGGCUCCUUCAAACUAUGUUGUAUUGGGAGAUUGCGUGACAUCAAGGCCAAUUCCUCCUUCAUAUGCCGUAAUGGCUGUGAGCAGUACAUAUGGACGCGUGAGGAAACCUCUUAGGUUUGAGCUCAUAGGAUUAUUCUCUGCCAUCCAGGGAUCUGAAGAACUAGGGGGUAGUUCUGAUACUAAUGGUGACUGCUCUAUUUGGAAGCCAAUCCCACCUCAGGGAUAUAUAGCAUUAGGGUGUGUUGCACAUAGAGGAAGCCAACCACCGCCUACUCACAUUAUUCACUGUGUACGUUCUGAUCUUGUGACAUCAGCUAGAUACUCGGAAUGCAUAUUCUGUUCAUCUCCAAAUCCAUCCUUUUUAUCUGGGUUCAGCAUUUGGCAUUUAGACAAUGUUGUUGGAUCCUUCUAUGCACACCCUUCCACUGAGUGCCCUCCCAUUAACAUUUGUCGAGACCUAAAUCAUCUUGUUCUGUUAAAUUCAAGUCAAGCUCAUACUUCUUUAGAGAAAUCUACCUUCAAUUUAGAUUCUGAACAUGAAUCUGAAUAUAGAAAACCGAACAGUCAGAGUGCUAAUUCAUCAAGGUGGGACUUGGUCAAAUCAAUCUCGAAAGGAACUAGUCAUAUUUCAACUUCCAGCUUUGAGAGAAUCUGGUGGGACAAGGGUGUUGAUAUCGGUGGACCAGUUUCCAUCUGGCGACCUCAGAGACGUCCUGGUUAUGCUAUUCUUGGUGAUUGCCUAGUUGAAGGUUUCGAACCACCUGCAAUUGGAAUAAUAUUCAAAAUCGACGAUCCUCAAAUCUCUGCAAAGCCACUUCAAUUCACUCAAGUUGCUCAUAUUGUAAAAAAAGGCGUGGAUGAAGCUUUUUUCUGGUACCCGAUUGCUCCUCCUGGCUAUGUUUCGGUUGGAUGCGUCGUCUCACGAACAGAUAAAGCACCAGCUUUGGAUUCAUUUUGCUGUCCAAGAAUGGAUAUUGUUACUCAAGCCAACAUUCGUGAGAACCCUGUGUCACGAUCUUUAAGCGAAAGGGGAUCUCAGUGGUGGAGUUUAUGGAAAGUGGAUAAUCAGGCUCAUACUUUCCUUGCACGCUCUGACAUGAAAAGGCCUUCGAGUAAGCUAGCCUUUACCAUUGGUGAUUCUGUUAAACCUAAGACACAAGACAACAUAAAUGCUGAGAUGAAACUGAGAUGCUUGUCUCUGACAGUUUUGGAUUGCCCAUGUGGCACGAUGACGCCACUAUUUGAUGUUACGUUUUCUAAUAUUAAGCUUGCAACGCAUGGUCACCCAGAAGAGUUGAAUGCUGUACUUAUCUCUUCUACAGCUGCUUCAACUUUUAACACACAAUUAGAAUCAUGGGAACCACUAGUGGAGCCGUUUGAUGGAAUAUUUAAGUUUGAAACAUAUCAUGCAGAUGCACAUUCAACAUCAAGAUUUGGUAAAAGAGCACGUGUUGCUGCAACUAGUACACUGAAUAUAAAUCUCAGCACAUCAAAUCUCAAUAUGUUUUUGGAAUCGGUCAUAUCAUGGAGAAGACUGCGAGAAUUUGAACACAAAGCAAUCGAAAUAAAUGAGGAACAGCUGCGUCGUGGGGAUAAUUCCAAUUUUUCUGCAUUGGAUGAGGAAGAUUUCCAAACUGUUCUAAUUAAAAACAGACUUGGUUGUGAUAUCUAUCUAAAAAAAGCCAAGCAGGAUUCAAAUGCAGUGACAUUACUGCGUCAUGAUGAUUAUGUACCUCUGUGGAUUCCACCUCCUAGGUACACUGACAGGCUAAAUGUUGCAGAUGAAACACGGGAAGGCCGUCGUUAUGUUGCUGUGCAGAUAAUUAAAGCCACGGCUUUACCUAUUGCUGAUGAUGGAAACAGUCACAAAUUUUUCUGUGCUUUGCGCCUUGUUGAUAGUGAAGAGACAAAUCAGCGGAAGCUUCCUCAGAGUGCACGGACUAGAUGUGUUAGGCCUUCAGUUUCAAAAUGCAGUGGUGUUAAUGAAGGGACUGCUUGCUGGAAUGAACUUUUCAUAUUUGAAGUUCCUCGGAAGGGUCCAGCAAAGUUGGAAGUGGAGGUGACAAACCUAGCUGCAAAAGCGGGAAAAGGUGAGGUUGUGGGUGCAUCUUCAUUUUAUGUUGGGCAUGAUGCAAACCCGCUAAAGAAGGUGACUUCGAUGAAAUUGCUGCAUCUAGCGUCCGAACUUCAAGAUAUUGCAUCUUACCCUCUCAAAAUUACAGUUUUACCAAAUAGUGAUGAUACCCAUUCUCGAAGUAGCCUUGUGGCUUCAACCUCUUAUUUUGAAAUUGCAAAUAGUCGAACAGAGGUGGAAGACAGAAGCCAUGUAGAUAGAGAUAUAGGUUUCUGGGUAGGUCUUUCCCCAAAAGGUUCGUGGGAGAGUUUUCGUUCUUUACUUCCAUUGUCCGUAAUUACUAAAUCAUUAAGCGGUGAUUAUGUUGCUGUUGAUGUGAUCUUGAAAAAUGGUAAGAAACAUGCAGUUUUAAGGAGUCUUGUUACAGUUUUGAAUGAUUCUGACAUUAAAUUGGAAGUAUCCAUACGUCAAGCGUCAAUGAUAUACAAUCACCUCUCAAAAGAUAUUGUUGUAAAUGUGUUAAAUCCUGGUUCUUCUUUUGUCUUACCUUGGAAAAGUACAUCAAAAGAUUCUAAUUGUAGUUUACUACUCCGUCCUUGCACUGAUGGUGCUCAACCUCCUUACUCAUGGGGAAGUGUGGUUAAUAUUGGGUAUGCAUGGGGAAAGGACCAACAGUCAAGUGAAUCAGGUUCCCUUUCUAGACAAAGUACUGUGAAGCAUGGCAAUCAAAUGACCACUUCAACAUUCAAUCUCGGUCAACUUGAGAAGACUGAUGUAUUCUUCUGUUCGAAUACUCCCAGUAGUGACCAGUUCUGGCUCAGUGUCAGCACAGAUGCAUCAGCUCUUCAAACAGAGCUUAAUGUUCCUGUUUAUGAUUGGAAAAUAUCUAUAAACUCUCCUCUGAAGUUGGAGAACCGGCUUCCUUGUCCAGCAAGAUUCAUAGUCUGGGAAAAAUCAAAUAAUGGAAAAAAUAUUGAGCGGCAACGAGGCUUUAUAUCAUCUCGUGGAAUUGUAAACAUACAUUCUGCUGAUGUCCAAAAAUUGAUAUACGUUACAUUGUUUAUACAGGGAGGGUGGUCCUUGGAAAAGGACCCUGUUCUUAUAUUGGAUUUAUCUUCUAAUAGUCAUGUCUCAUCAUUUUGGAUUGUUCGCCAGCAAGGAAGAAGGAGAUUGCGUGUAAGCAUUGAGCGUGACAUGGGUGGAACUAUGGCUUCUCCCAAAACUGUAAGAUUCUUUGUUCCAUAUUGGAUCAGUAAUGAUUCAUCUCUGCCUUUAUCGUACCAAGUGGUGGAAAUAGAACCUUUGGAGGCUUCGGAUGUAGAUUUCCAUCAGAUGUCUAAAAGAGGCAAGUCUGGAGCAGCAACAAUUAGUGGUUCCAUGAUGUCUGCAGACAGGAAUCCUUUUGGCGGAAAGAAAAACCUCCAGGUACUGGACGUGAUUCAGGACACUAGUGGAACGCCUAGUAUGCUCUCUCCCCAAGAUUAUGUAGGUCGUGGUGGGGUUAUGUUGUUCUCAUCUCGCAAUGACGGAUAUCUGUCUCCACGGGUGGGAAUUGCUGUUUCCAUACAAAAUUCUGAAAAUUAUAGUCCUGGGAUAUCUCUUCUUGAUCUGGAAAAAAAGCAACGAGUUGAUGUAAGAGCUUUUAAUUCGGAUGGUUCUUACUACAAUCUUUCAGCCGUAUUACACAUGACGUCAGAUAGAACAAAGGUUAUUCAUUUUCAGCAACAAACCCUGUUCAUUAAUAGGGCUGGUUGCAGUUUGUGUCUUCAGCAGUGUGGUACUCGAUCAUUGCGAUGGAUACAUCCAACUGAUCCUCCACUGCAGCUGGGAUGGCAGCCCCUUUCAGAAGCUGAGAUGUUGAGAUUGCGAAUUGAUGGAUACAACUGGAGUGCGCCAUUUAGUGUUGGAAUUGAAGGUGUUAUGUGUAUUUCUUUGGACAAAGUACCACCAUGUGAUCCAGAACACUUAAGGGUGGAAGUUAGGAGUGGUACAAUGGGUUCACGCUAUGAAGUUAUAUUUCGACCCAAUUCAUUUUCAAGUCCUUACAGGAUUGAAAACCGCUCUCUGUGUUUGCCGAUCCUUUUCCAGCAAGUGGAUGGUCCCAGCAGUUCAUGGCAGUCUCUUCUACCUAAUUCAUCCACCUCCUUUUUAUGGGAAGAUCUAGGGAGACCGCGACAGCUGGAACUCCUAGUAGAUGGUGAUGAUCGUUCAAAAUCUUUGAAGUACUGUAUUGAUGAGAUAUCUGAUCAUCAUCCCGUUUUUGUGAAUGAAAAACUCGGAAGAGCUCUGCGUAUUAACAUUCUGAGAGAGGAUAAAGUCUAUGUCAUCAGAAUUAGUGACUGGAUUCUAGAGAAUGAACCCCGAGUAGUUUCAAGUGCAAGCAGUUCUUUAUAUUCAUCCCAGAUCUCGGAAUAUGGUCUUGAUCUUCAACAAUCAAUAUUGACUUCAAACUGCGAAUUUCAUCUUAUUUUUGAGAUUUCUGAGCUCGGGCUGUCCAUCAUUGAUCAUACGCCAGAAGAGUUAUUAUAUCUUUCCUUGCAGAGUCUUCUGUUGUCAUAUUCAACUGGCUUAGGUUCUGGGAUCAGUAGGUUGAAAUUAAGAAUGCGCGGAAUCCAGGUGGAUAAUCAGUUACCGUUAACUCCAACACCCGUUCUUUUCAGGCCUCAAAGAGUUGGAGACGAGACUGAUUACAUCCUAAAAUUUUCCAUGACACAGCAGUCCAAUGGGUCACUAGAUUUAUGCGUGUAUCCAUAUAUUGGCUUUCAAGGAUCGGAGAAUUCUGUAUAUCUAAUUAACAUCCAUGAACCUAUCAUAUGGAGGCUUCAUGGGAUGAUCCAGCAGAUAAACUUAAGCAGGGUUUCUGAAACUGAAAGCACUGCUGUUUCAGUUGACCCGAUCAUACAAAUUGGAUUCUUCAAUUUCUCGGAACUGCGCUUAAAAGUCUCCAUGGCUAUGUCACCAACUCAACGUCCAGUUGGUGUUCUUGGGUUUUGGGCAUCCUUGAUGACUGCACUUGGAAACACAGAGAAUAUGCCAAUCCGAAUAAAUCAAAGGUUCUUGGAGAAUAUAUGCACGAGGCAAAGUGUUCUCAUGAGUAAUGCCAUCUCCAGUGUCAAGAAAGAUCUUUUAAGCCAACCUCUUCAACUGUUGUCAGGUGUUGACAUACUGGGCAAUGCAAGUAGUGCACUUGGGCAUAUGAGCAAAGGUGUUGCAGCUCUAUCUAUGGAUAAGAAGUUCAUUCAGAAUCGACAGAAACAAGAUAACAAAGGUGUGGAAGACUUUGGAGAUGUUAUAAGAGAAGGGGGUGGGGCCUUAGCAAAGGGAUUUUUCCGAGGUUUCACUGGAAUUCUUACGAAACCCCUUGAAGGCGCAAAAGCUUCUGGUAUGGAAGGGUUUGUUCAAGGUGUUGGAAAAGGAAUAAUAGGUGCAGCUGCGCAACCAGUCAGUGGAGUUCUGGAUCUUCUGUCAAAAACCACCGAAGGUGCAAAUGCUGUAAGAACAAAAAUAGCGUCUGCUAUUGCUUCAGAAGAUCAAUUACUCCGCAGGAGGCUUCCCCGAGUAAUUGGUGGUGAUAAUUUGCUUAGACCAUAUGAUGCCUACAAAGCUCAGGGACAGGUGAUACUGCAACUAGCAGAAUCUGUAUCUUUCUUACGCCAAGUCGACUUGUUUAAAGUGCGUGGAAAGUUUGCAUUGUCAGAUGCGUACGAAGAUCAUUUUGCGCUCCCCAAAGGGAAAUAUCUUCUCGUCACACACAGAAGAAUUAUACUUUUGCAGCAAUCAUCCAGCAUUAUUGGGCAAAAGAAGUUUGACCCAGCCAGAGAUCCGUGUUCUGUGGUGUGGGAUGUACUGUGGGAUAAUCUGAUGACAAUGGAAUUAACACAUGGAAAGAAAGACCUGCCAGAUUCAUUACCUUCACGGGUCAUCCUGUACUUGAAAAGUAGAUCGCUAGAUACAAAGGACCAAGUUCGCAUUAUAAAGUGCAACCGUGAUUCUAAUCAAGUGUUUAAGGUUUAUACUUCAGUUGAGAAAGCAAGAAAUACUUAUGGGCCAAACGAAUCGAAGGAAAUGCCGAGAAGAAAAGUUGCAAAACCCUACUCGCCCAUUGUUGAUGCCGCUAACGCUGAAGCAAUCCCAAAAUAUACCUUUGACCUCAUGUCUCCACCGCAGAUGCCGUCUGUAGCUCAGAGUUCAACUUUUGGCAGCGGUGUGAAUUAGUUGUGAAAGAAAUAUGACAUCAUCUUAGAAUAAGUUUGAGCUGGAGCCGUCAGGAUGUAACAAUUGAUUAGAGGAG